AUGACUUGCAUGCAAGCUUGCAUGAAAAAUGUGAAUCCACAUUACCGUUUACAUAAAGUACCUAAGAGUUCUAACACAGAUGUUCUGGAUGGAUUUGAGGAUGGUGACCAAAAUGAGGGGACAAAUGAUAAAGAAGUUGCAGAAAUAGAUAUAGCCAAUUUCAUUCAAAGUCCUGAUUAUGAUAGAUUAGGAAAUAAUUAUCAGUUUGAGGAACAGUUUAAGAGAGAAAACCCAUCUAAUAAAAAUAGUUUUGAAUCCUUAGUCGACGCUAGCUUAGAAGAAUAUGACGAUAAAGGCCUAGAAUAUAAUAAUAUUGAUAAUGAUGCCUUGGAAGAAAGUUCAUACAAUACAAAAUCAAAUGAGCAUAAACAAGCCAACAAUCCACACAAACUGAACAAGCUUUUAAAUAAUAAAGAAAUACAUAAGUUUUACAACGAUAACAGGCAUCUGGAAAAGAAAUGUGCAUUCAAAAAUAUGAAGAUCCCGUUUUUUUCCCAUGACCAAGCAAGGACCUCAUUGGACGUGUCCUUAGCAACACCCAAGAAGAACAAGAAACGAAAGAUUUUUAGUUUCAGUUCCAAAAAACAUAAAACCGAAAUGCACCAAACAUCUACAACCGGUUUAAGUAAGACUACGAUUAAAACAGAAGAAAACACGUUCAUGAAAUUGAACAAGAGAUCGUAUAUUGAAAAAAUAUGCCCUCUCUGUAAACGGAAAUUCAUCAAGCGAAGAUCCAAACCGCAGGAAAAACAAACAAAUAAUAUUAUUCAUAAUAGCAGACAAUAUUAUCAAAACAAACAGAAUUCAGAUGAAAAUUAUAAUGAUAAAACCGAAAUGAAACGUAUGUUUAAAGAUACAGACUCUGAGAAUUUAAUGAAAAAGAAUAAAAUAUUAGACCGAGCGUAUUCAGAUUUUGAAAGAGAUCAAGAUAAAUUUGAAUAGUUACAAAGAGUGGAAUUACGUAACGAGAUUUUCUUAGAUAAUUAUACAGGAAUAAGUAAUUGUGAAUUAGAUGUACAAAGUUUAAUAGUUAUUUAUUUAGUAAAGCUAUUUAAACGAUUCUGGAUUUUGCUCUCUUGUGUCGGUAAAGUACUUUACUGUUUAGGGGUAAGUACUAAUUCACUAUUUACUUUACUAAUA